AUGGAACGAAUGAUGGAGUCAGAUAGUUCGGAGGGAUUGAAGGCUGGUUUGAAAGUGGAGAAGAGGAGCUGGCUGAGGGACCCAGGUCUACGAAAGCUGAAUUUGGGUAUUGCGUUUAUGUUCGCUUCAUCUGCUGGAACGGGAUAUAACGGGAGUUUGAUGAAUGGCUUGCUUGUGUUGCCUGAGUUUAAAGAGAUCAUCGGCGGUUUAAAACCGCAAAUCCUCGGUCUUCUCAUCGCAGCUACCUCGCUCGGCGCCUUUAUAUCCUUCAUCCCGGCAUCAUACCUCGCCGAUAUCCUUGGACGCAAAUACUGCGUUACAAUAGGAUCCAUAUUGGUGAUCAUUGCAUCACUGGUCCAAGCCGCUGUACAUAGCCACUGGGCCUUCUUUGGGUGCCGUGUUUUAGCCGGCGUGGGCGUGGGAACUGCACAGACUGCAGCGCCUUUAUUGGCGACGGAGAUCGCCCAUCCACAUCACCGACAGACAGCCACAGCACUUUAUAAUGCAGCUUGGUGUGUGGGAUCUAUUGCUUCCGCUGCGAUUACCAUGGCCACAUUGAGUAUGCAUACCACUUGGUCAUGGACGAUACCCUGUAUGCUACAGGCAUUUUUCCCUAUAACCCAGCUUUUGGGCCUCUGCUUUGUUCCUGAGAGUCCACGUUGGCUGGUCUCCAAAGGACGGAAAGAUGAGGCGCUUGCGGUUCUAGCUGAAUUCCAUGCCAAUGGGAAUUCGAACGAUGAGCUUGUUCAGCAUGAGUAUCAUCAGAUUUGCAUCAGUAUCAAUGCGCAGCAUCAGCAACCUGGGUAUUGGAGUACAUUCUUAUCAUCCAAGGGCGAUAUGCAUCGUCUUGCAAUCUGUAUUAUCUGUGGAUUUAUGCAGGAGUGGGCUGGAAAUGGUAUCAUCUCUUACUACCUUGCUCCGAUUCUUGCCUCUGUCGGCAUCACCAAUGCUUCCCACGAAGCUGCUGUUAAUGUGGGACUGCAAAUCUGGAAUCUUAUAUUGUCCUCAGCUGGUGCUGUCGCAUCGGAGCGCUAUGGCAGACGUAUUCUGUGGCUGCUAUCGACAGCAUUCAUGCUUCUUUUCCUGUCCAUCACAACCAUCGCAGCCGGUCUCUUCCAGGAGAAGCACAUUGCUGCUGCAGGUGUUGCCGUUGUCCCGAUGCUAUUCCUCUUCUUUGCUGGCUUCGAUCUAGCGUACUCGCCGCUAUUCAUUGCCUACCCGGCUGAGAUCCUGCCAUUUCAGCUCCGAGCAAAGGGUCUGGCGAUUACGCUGUCUACGGAUGCUGUCGCUUGCUUCUUCAACCAGUACGUCAAUCCGGUAGCGUUUUCCGUUCUACAGUGGAAGUAUUAUUUUGUCUACGUGGGCUGUCUGGUACUGUUCUUUUUAUUGGCCUAUUUCCUCUUCCCGGAGACGAAAGGAAGAUCAUUGGAGGAGGUUUCGAGAAUUUUCGAUCGCAAGGACGAGAUGGAAAACGUGAAAGAAAAAGACGGCGUAAAAAAUUAG